GCAGGACCUACUCAGGGCUUUAAAACCUGCAGACACGCUGCUGCCUCCAAACUGCCUGGGGGGUGAUGAGCUGAAGUGUCUGGCAGAGAGCGCAGCAUGAGACUCCAGCUGGAGAAGCAGCUUCUCUUCUUCUCCCUUCUCUGCACCCUUUCCAAGGUGUGCGCCCAGCUGUGCCAGAGACCGUGCUACUGCCCCUGGGCCCCCCCCCGCUGCCCCCGCGGGUCGCCCCUCGUCCUGGACGGCUGCGGCUGCUGCAAGAUCUGCGCGCGGCGCCUGGGCGAGCCCUGCGACUUCCUCGCCGUGUGCGACCGGAGCCAGGGCCUCGUCUGCGACUACAGCGCCGCGCGCGCGGGCCCGGCGGGAACCUGCCACCUUGAAGAUGAUGAGGAGAGCUGCGAAGUGAAUGGCAAGGUCUAUCAAGAUGGGGAGGUUUUCCAGCCCAGCUGCAAGCUCCAGUGCCGCUGCCUGGACGGAGGUGUCACCUGCAUCCCGCUGUGCCAGGAGGACGUCCGCCUGCCCACCCCGGACUGCCCCUACCCGCGGCGUGUGGACGUCCCGGGGAAGUGCUGCCAGGAGUGGAUCUGUGAGACCCGGGAGCAGCCGCUGCUCCGAGACGCCGUGGCAGUGCCCAGGGCCCCGGGGCAGGCCCCCCUGGCCCUCCCCUACCCCUGUGAGGAGUGGAGCACAGAGUGGAGCACCUGCUCGGCCACCUGCGGCAUGGGCUUCUCCACCCGUGUGUCCAACCAGAACCGCUACUGCCGUCUGGAGACGCAGAGACGGCUGUGCGUGGUCAGGCCCUGCCAGGCUCCGCUGGGAGCAUCCCCUGUGAGGGGAAGAGGAGGUCGCUUGUAGCCAUGCCCGCCCCGUUCGCAGCCUGGAGCCAACGCCUCGUCCCGGCAAAGCGUCUGACACAAGCCCCCGGCCCUGUGGUUUCAGUGGAGAUGGAGGACAUGUCCCCUGGGAAACUAGGGAAGAAUGGAUGGACCUUGGCUGCAAAGAAGAGUGGAGAAUCGAGAUUAAGAUCCCCGUUUCACCUGGCACCUGCCCCGUCGUGUGCACCCCAGUUCCCCUCGGCAGGGCUGCUGGCCAGCGAGGAAAGCGUCCCCGAGCCCCAGCCUGCGCAGUAGCAGCACGCCCGUAUCGCAGCUCGGGACUGUUACUGUAACACGGCCGCUGCAGCCGUGCUUUGGGGCUAGGGCGAGUCCCAGGAUGAGGCUUUGGGAAAGCCCUUUGCUGGAGGGGACAGGGAGGAAGGAGCAGGGAGGUGGCCAGGCCAGCUCCUUCUUGUGGUCCCGGCCACAUCAGGAGGGACUCUCGCAAGUGGCACCAUCCCGCAGUCACCUCCAGGCCUCUCUGCGGGGACAUCAAGCCAGGCCAGGGAUGCAUCCUGCCCCGUUUCCACCCUCUGAGCUGUGUCUGCUCCUCCUGAGAGGUAGGAUGGCAACCUGGGCUCCCCAGGGGACAUCGUGUGACACAGCCUCAUGCAGAGGUCUGGGGAAACGGGGAAAUCCCUGCCUCCGAGCAGGAACCCACCCGAGAAACCAGGAAUUGCUCCUUUGCAGGACAGGGGCUGGGACUGGUGGGGUUUUUGGAGAGGGCCAGGUGAUGCUGUUCCUCCGCUGUGUGCCACGCACCCAGCUCUGCUCCGUGGCUACGCGGGGGCUGAGAGAGACCGCCUCAAGCAUCAGGUAGACCACAUCCCUCGCGGGACCCGCCUCGCCCGACCCGCUGGGAACGGGGCGGGCAGGACGGGCCUCGCACCACAGGUUAUCUCCGCUUCAGGUUGCACAGCUCCACAGUUCGCACGCACUCAGUUAUCCCACAAUAUCCGCCCAGCAAACGGCCGCGUUUCUGGGCAUCGGCAGAGGCGUCCUCCUCAUGGCAGCUCCAGUUCACCUUCCCCGCGUCUCUCCAGAAUAAACACAAACCUUCCUGCUC